CUGACAUGCUGCAUUUAGAGAUUCGUUCUCUUUAAUAAUAGUCAGAAAUCGUUCUUUAAAAUUAGUGCUUGUUAGCAAAUAUUCGAUUACAGCGCCUCUAAUGGUACCGAUUCGUAAUUUAAUGGAUAAGAUGGAUGAAAAUGGCAUGUAAGGUGUUGUUAAAUUUCAGUGAAAUGUUUGGUUACACCAGCCACCUAGGAUGGGAGGCUGCAUAGGUAUAACGAGGGCAAGAAACGCCUCCGUUGACGAUACUACGGGAAAUUCCACAAGAGUAAAUUCAGGAAAUUCAAGAAAAAAUCAUCCACUGUGUCAUGAAGUAAUCAGGUGGAAAUCAGAUGUACCAUUGACAGAGGGUCAACUCAGAAGUAAAAGAGAUGAAUUUUGGGAUACUGCACCUGCAUUUGAUGGACGUAAAGAAAUAUGGGAUGCUUUAAGAGCUGGAGCAAUUGCAGCAGAAGCUCAAGAUUAUCAGUUAGCACAGGCUAUAUUAGAUGGAGCUAAUAUUUCUGUGCCAAAUGGUUUCUUAACAGAAUGUUAUGAUGAAUUGGGAACUAGAUAUCAGGUCCCUAUUUAUUGCUUAUCAUAUCCAAUUAAUAUUGUGAAAGAGGAUAGUGGAAGGGAUUCACCUGCUGACUGUUCAGAACCCAUUGAUAGUGGAGUUGAACAGACAUUAAAACUCAGAUUAUCUACUACAUUAGGUGAAGUCAAAUUGCCUGUUUAUAGCAAAGAUACUAUUGCAGUUGCUAAAAAAAAAUUACAGAGUCAAGAAGGUUUAGAACCAUCACGGCAAAGGUGGUUCUUUGGUGGCAAGUUAUUAGGUGAUAAAAUGCAUAUAGAAGAAGCAAAGAUACAACCAGGUUAUGUAAUACAAGUAAUUGUAAAUCCAGAAAAACUGGAUGACAGUCCAGUGAAAACAAGCUGAACUAAUGUUAUACAAGAUACAAGUUGCAUUAAACCAUAUUUUCUGAUGA